CACCGAGCACUCGCGAAAUUAGAUAGAGUGAAGAGGAAAAAAACAGAAAGCCACUAAAAAAUUAUUUUCCGGCAAUUUUCUUUGGUUUUUCGCAUCGAAGCAGGGAAAUUUGUAGUGAAACACAAUGGAAGUGGAUGAGGAUGAAUUCGAGCAGCCCACAUCGAGUAGCAACAAGGGCGAGAAGAAGAGAUUCGAAGUGAAAAAGUGGAACGCCGUGGCACUGUGGGCAUGGGAUAUUGUCGUGGACAAUUGCGCUAUUUGCCGGAACCACAUUAUGGAUCUCUGCAUCGAGUGCCAGGCUAAUCAGGCUUCUGCUACGAGUGAGGAGUGUACCGUGGCCUGGGGGGUGUGUAAUCACGCCUUCCACUUCCACUGCAUCUCGCGCUGGCUUAAGACACGCCAGGUGUGUCCACUCGACAACCGAGAGUGGGAAUUCCAAAAAUACGGCCACUAAAGCAUCCGCAGCACCCCCUUAAAAAUUACCCCAAAAACGAAUGAUUUUUUGUCUCAAUAAAACUUCCUUUGUCGUGGAUUUCUCUUCUUUUUCGGGGGGACAACGAACAGAAAUAAAACAAAGAUUUUCUUUUCUCAUUUAA